GAGGCUGUCUGGGUGUCAUGCUGUUUGAGUUUCUCUGUUGGGAGGGCCAGUCUGGAGAGCGUGUUGGGAUAGAAGUGAUCAUGGAGAUGGGUAUGUGACAUCACGUGUGUAACGUGUCUCUGUCCCCCUAGAGUGGCCCCUCUUCUCCAAGUACCAGAAAGCGUAUUAUGCAUGUUUCAAGACCCAGACGAUGUAAGGAAAUCCGAUGAUGUCACUCAACAUGGCGGCCGAAUCCGCAGUUUUAAACAUGAACGGGGCAAUUGGGCCACACAUGUGUAUGUUCCGUGUCAGCCACAUGAGGAAUUUCAAGACCUGCUUGAAAAAAUGGGCUCACUGUUGGUAAAACACGGAGUUGCAUUGACUACGAUGAAAGAGUUUCACAUCAGCCAAUCACAGACCGUUGUAUUACGACAUCACUGGAUCAAUCCAUUUGUGCAAUCGCUCAGGGUCCGCCUGGGCUCCAUGCACCGGUUUCUCUGCAUCGCUGACAGGAUACAGGUUUAUACCAACAAGGAAAGAACCCGAACGUUUGUGGGCUUAGAAGUCUCCGUGGGAAGUGACCAUCUGCUGGAGGUUGUGUCGGAGGUGGACCAGUCCUUGAAGGAGUUUAAUCUGGAGACUUUCUACCAGGACCCUUCCUUCCAUGUGAGUCUGGCCUGGUGUGUGGGAGAUGCUGCCGGGAAGAUAGAAGGACCCUGCCUGGAGGAGCUGCAGAAAGCGCUGGACGCUCACGAAGACGCUGAGAGACUGACACGCUUCUACGCUGAAGAGAUUCGAUGCAAAGCUGGGAACAAAGUCUUCUGUAUUCCUCUAAAAUAAGACAGACGCUGGCGGAGAAGGUCUGAGCGGUGUGAAGGACAGUGAGGGGUUAUGCAGCUAAAGCCAAAAAUCCACACAAUAGACCAAACUGUCGCAACUGAUGCAACUUGCAGCAAAGCUAACAGACUGGCAGGUCCAUUCCGUGCCGCUCUAUGACCGUACGGACUCUAGCCGGCAGGAAGUAUGUCUAAUGUUGUCUGUAAGUUUAUCCCCUAACCUUUCUAAUAAAACUCACUGAAACGAUG